CUUUCUUCACGUCUUUUCUUGUUUUCUUUCUUCUUCCUCUUCCUUAACAUCUACAUGCUUUGGAAAAGGUUCUGGUCAGCCUUUACCUCAGUAGCUCUGUAGGUCAUGGCAGCAGCCCAAUCGUCGCGCAUCUUUGUGCGCGGCUUGCCGUCAAAACUCUCUGAAGAUGACGUCCGCAAACACUUUUCCAUCUAUCCCACCACCGAUGUCAAGUUCUUCCCACACCGCCGCAUGGGCUACAUCGGCUACAACACCCCCGAAGAUGCAGAGAAAUCUGUCAAGUACUUCAAUCGCUCUUUCAUCCGCAUGAGCAAAAUCCAUGUUGAGAUUGCCCGUCCCAUAGCUGAUAAGGACCUACCCAAGUCACGACGGCAGCAACGGGAACAGCAUGUUGCCAAAAAGGCGACUGAACAUGUCGCCCCUGUCGCACAGGACAAUGCUAUGAAACGGAAGCGGACGGUAGAGGAUACUCAAGACCCUAAACUCCAAGAGUUCCUUGAAGUCAUGCAGCCGCCGUCAAAGAAGAAGAUGUGGGCAAAUGAGGAAGGGCCUUUGUUGGCACAGGAGAACACCUCAAGCGAACCUGUUGGAGAGGUCAUUGUCCCUGCCGAUGAAAGCGACGAUGAAUACCAAGAAGUUCGCAAGCCCAAGCCGGUUGUCGAGGUUGAAAAGCCUACCAUCCCUGCAGUCGAGCCCCUAGAAACCACCGGCGCCGAUGAGAUGGAGGUCACAGAACAUACUGACGCCGACACAAAUCUUCACACUGCACAAUUGCCAGAGGCAACGACCGAAUCAUCUGCUGGUCCUGUUUCAGAUGCCGACUGGUUGAGGUCGCGGACGAACCGGAUUCUAGAUAUCGUGGACGAUGACACGGUGCCGUCUGAGAGAUCUGCGGUACCGGUACCCACGGAAGCCCCACAGCAUCAACAAGAACCCAGUGAUGAACAAACAGAACAAAAUCAGACUGGCGCCUCAGAACCAGAGGACGCUGGCGAGUCUCGUCCACAAUCUGAGGAAGACAAGAUACUUCAAUCCGGGCGUUUAUACCUCCGCAAUCUAAGCUGGGACGUUCAAGAUGAACACCUUCGCGAAUUCUUUUCCCCAAGUGGACCAUUGGAAGAAGUACAUGUUUCGAUCGACAAGAAGACUGGCAAGUCGAAGGGGUUUGCUUUUGUCUCAUUUCAAAAUCCGGAAGACGCUGUUCAGGCAUUCACUCAGAAGGAUGGCACCAUCUUUCGAGGACGUUUGCUCCAUAUCUUGGCUGCUGAAGGAAAGAGGGAUAACAAGCUGGACGAAUAUGCCUUGUCCAAGUUGCCACUCAAGAAACAGAAGGAGAUCAGGAGAAAAGCCGACGCUGCUGGCUCCACCUUCAAUUGGAAUUCUCUUUACCUCAACGCUGAUGCGGUCAUGUCUGCUGUCGCUAGUCGUCUCGGCGUUAGCAAGGCGGACGUCCUCGACCCGACGUCAGCUGAUGCCGCUGUCAAACAAGCGCAAGCAGAGACUCAUGUUAUUUCCGAGCUCAAAGCCUACUUCAGUUCCCACGGAGUCGAUUUGGAGUCUUUUUCACGAAGCUCCAAGGGCAACAUUGCUGUUCUGGUAAAGAAUCUACCGCAUGAUGUUCGCCCGGAUGAAGUUCGAAAGUUGAUGGAAGAAUUCGGCACGGUUACGAAAUUCCUGAUGCCUCCCUCUGGAUUGACUGCCAUUGCUGAAUUCUCGAAUUCUGCCGAGGCGAAAUCGGCAUUUGCCGGUCUUUCGUACAGGAAAUUCAAGGAUUCUCUUCUGUACCUGGAGUGGGCACCGAAGAACUUGUUCAAGGAAGGAGCCUUCGUUCCGUCUGCACCGACUAUCGUCCCGGUUGCUAAAGAAGCCGCGAAACCUUCCGCCUCUGACCUGCUCCAAGAGACUCCUACCUCUGAGGCGACGACCACUGCCACUCUCUACGUCAGGAACCUGAACUUCGAAACGACGACAAACAAAUUGAGCGACACAUUCUCUUCUUUGGAGGGUUUCCGAAGUGCCAGGGUGAAGACCAAGGUAGACCCCAAGCGGGGCGUCCUCUCCAUGGGCUUUGGCUUUGUCGAAUUUAGCAACCCAGAAGCAGCAUCGGUCGCGAUUCAGACCAUGGAUGGUUACAACCUUGAUGGACAUCGACUCCAAAUCAGGGCCUCGCACAAGGGUGUCGAUGCUGCAGAAGAACGUCGCAAGGAAGACCAGGCAAAGAAAGAAGCGGGCACAAAGAUACUUAUCAAGAAUCUGCCGUUUGAAGCUAGCAAAAAGGACGUCAGGGCUCUCUUCGCUCCCUAUGGAUCUCUUCGAUCUGUUAGGGUCCCUAAGAAGUUCAACAACUCGUCUAGAGGAUUUGCGUUUGCCGAUUUCUCUACAACAAGGGAUGCAUCCAAUGCAAUGGAAGCUCUCCGUAACACACACUUGCUCGGCCGUCGCCUCGUGCUAAGCUUUGCCGAAGCCGAAGCCGAUGAUCCAGAGCUUGAGCUGGAGAAAAUGCAGCAGAAGGUUGGGGCACAGGCCAACAAGGUCGCGCUUCAACGUCUCACUGGAGGUGGGCGUAAGAAGUUCAACGUUGCUGGCAAUGAUGAUCUAGAUGAAGUUUGAAGGACCAGGCGUGUGUCCUGAUGAAAUUUGCAGCGCGACACCACCCAGAGUCCCUGGUGCCACCCCUUGCUUUCUGACUAAGGACGCGAGGCUGCCCUGG